UGUCACAUUUUCAUUUCCGGGUUACGUCACAGUUGGCAAUGACAUUGUAUCGAGCACUACAUACACCAGUGUUCUGGAAGCGACCUAUUUUUUUUCUAUUUCACAUGCAUUGAAGGCUACCAAAUGUGCCUUUGUUAAAUUGUCAUCAUGUCAUCCACUACUGCGGGUUUUCACGAGGAGCGGCAGCGCCAGAGAGCACAGGCGCCGGUGGGCACAGACUACAUCCCCACCGAGGAGGAGAAAAGAGUGUUUCGGGAGUGCAACAAGGAAAGCUUUUGGUACAGGUCUGUGCCUUUCUCUGUGGUGAGCAUGGCCAUCACUCAAGCCCUGGUUGCCAGAGGGUCUCUCUCUGCAUCUCCACGGUUUGGAUCGCUUCCCAAAGUGGCCUUUGCUGGCUUCUGUGGCUACAUGGCAGGCAAGAUGUCUUACAUGAAGACCUGUCAGGAAAAAUUCAAGCGGCUGGACAACUCUCCUCUCGGAGAGGCCCUGAGACAGAGGGCAGGACUGUUCCCACAGCUUCCAAAAGGCGCCCCGUCAGAGCUGAGUGAUCUUGACAGUCAGAGCUUUGGCACCAUGUUCCAGCCAGGAGAGACGCCAUCUUCCACCACAGAACUUGGAUAUGGAUUUAAUCCAGAAGCACCCGCUGCCUCGCGACGAUCAGAUGACUUUAAUGUACCAGCUCAGUCUUACGAGGAGGAGAACGAGCCCAAGAGGAAGUCCAUCCUCUAUGAGGACCUGCGUCUGAAAAACCGAGAGAACUACGAGGUCACACUCACCCAGAAGGCGGAGUCACUGCUCAAAACUUCCCCUGAAAAGGAGCCAGAAAGACCAACAAAAAGCGCGAAGAAGAAUAUCUAUGGAGACACUUGGGAAGAAUGAGGUUUUUAUUUUCUUUUUUUGUAAAAAUGUAGUUCACUGAUCUUGUGACACCAGGUGAGGUCUUUGCUAGUCAAUUAAACCAAAGCGCUU